UUAUUUCGCCCGUGAUGGUAGCUGCAACUAUCACGGUUAGCUUGUAGCCGGUUAACCAGACUUCAAAUGGAGGGUGAAGAUAAGCGAUUACACGGCUAUGGAGGGGACCCACCCACUAAUGCAUCAAGGUAGGGACCUUCCGCUGAGGCAGCAGUCCACGGGACUCCAGGGAGCAACGACUGUCCAGAACAGGACCAGAAGAAGGUCGGUGAGUUCCGGAUCGGAAACAUUAGGAGGUGCCAUGGGACCACUUCUGCACUGGCUACACGAUGUGGCAGCUGUCACGCUCCUCAAAGCCCGACGGACAUUGCUUCAGGCAGCCAUCCUUUUUUGUGUCCUAGUGCUGCUGCUCUGGGUGUCCAUCUUUCUCUAUGGGAGCUUUUAUUACUCUUAUAUGCCUACCGUGAGCUUCUCCACCCCAGUGCACUUCUUCUACACUGCUGACUGUGAUACCUCGGAGUCGAGACUUUGCUCCUUCCCCACAGCCAACAUCUCUUUCAUGAAGAAUGACAGAGAUCAGGUGAUGGCCAAUGGUCAGCCUUACCAAAUAUCUUUGGAGUUGGAAAUGCCUGAAUCGCCAGUGAAUGAAGAGCUGGGUAUGUUCAUGGUAAAGAUGUCUUGUUAUACCAAGGGUGGAACAACUGUCUCAUCAGUUGGAAGAUCUACAAUGCUGCAUUACCGCUCUAAGCUUCUGCAGAUUAUGAGUACCUUAGUGUUCGCUCCUCUUCUCGUCACUGGCAUGGCGGAGCAGAAGCAGCUCAUAGAGGUGGAGCUCUUCUCAGACUACAAGACCAAUGCUUAUCAACCCACUAUUGGUGCAGUCAUUGAGAUCCACUCAAAACAGGUUCAGAUCUACUCAUCUCAGCUCCGUAUCCAUGCUUACUUCACUGGGAUUCGAUAUGUUCUGUAUAACUUCCCCCUGACAUCUGCAGUGAUUGGCGUGGCAACCAACUUUGCCUUCCUCAGUGUCAUUGUGCUGUUCAGCUACCUGCAGUUUAUAUGGGGUGGACUCUGGCCUCCAGAUCAAGUGAGAGUCAGGGUUAUGAUGGGAGACGACACCCGCAUUCAGCAGAGGAGAGAAGAGGUCCGAAAGCGCAUGGAGAGGGAAAACUCUCAGAAGGAACUUAAUUCUUCUAAAGUGACUGGAUCUGUGAGUGAGUCAUCUGAUUUUCAGGAGACUGGCACAGGCACUGAGCUGUCAAAGAAUGCCUCUGUAAUCCCAGAUUCCUUGGGGCCUGAUGUUCCAGAUAGCAAGGAAGAGGAGUCUCAUGAGUCUGAUGGGCCAGGGGUGGAAGAGAAUUCUCCACCUCAGCUGGGUGAAACAGUACUCCGGCAGAGACCUGGACCCUGGAUGAGCCUUUGAACCCUGUCACCUCACACAGUUACAGUACCUGUAGGAUAUGCUUAUAUAUUCCAUUAUCACUCUUUAGCAGUUUGAAUAUGAUUUGGCAGAUCGUGAUAGAUCAAGGCAUACCUACUGUUCCAAUUUGAUCAAAUUCACAUGCAUGACUGUAAUCAGUACUAGCCAUGUUGUUUUAGCUGGAACACUUCUCAUUUUGACAAGAGUUUUUGGGUUUUUUUUUAACUUUUAGUGCAGCUUAUUUCUUUCUUCUGGACUUACAAUUCUUUUCUGUGUUACAUUUGAGUUUAUUCUUUCCCACAUCAAGAGGUGCUACAUUCCAGAUCUGGCUUGUCUAACAGUAUUGUCUAUCGUCACAUAAUGCCAACAACUUAACACAGCCUUUAAGUCAGUUCAAUCUCCUCAUGUGCUACCCUUACUUCUCAGUUCAAACAUCAUUAAAUACGAAGCCACUUUUGAAAGUAAAUGCUUUGCAGUUGAAACAAAACUGCAAAAGACUGAUGCAUUUUCUCAAAGGGUCAUUCAGAGACCAAUUAGAUUUGGAAAUUUCGCUGUAAAAAGACAGCUAUGGUGAAAUGUGCAAAGGGCCCAGCCUGGGGGAUCUAAAAAAAAUAUGUUUUGUUUGUUUUUGUUUUUUGUUUUUUUUUUUAUAUUAUAAAUACAUGUUCUUUUUCAGUGUACCACAUGACUUACCUAGUGUGGCAUAUUUAGUUAAAGCUUGACUCUUUUAUACAGUUGUGGUUCAUUCUAUGAGGUCUUUAUUAUUAAGUGCAGUUUGCAUUCUGCUGUUUGUUAAAAAAUAUUAUUUAUUUAGUUUUCAUCACGACCAAGCACCAGAACAUUUUAGAUGGGUCUUUUAAGUAAUAUAGGUUUAUUGAUAUAUGUGAAACUUUCUUUAUUUAUCAUUAAUGACUAUGGAGAAUAAGAGGAAUGGUAAAGUUACUGUAGAAUUGAAGCUGAUGUUGGUAUGUGGCUCAGCCUCCAUGUGUUUAACCUGCACUUCAGGGGUGCUUUGGAUCCAAGUAUGUUUAAGUAAAGGAAGUGGGCAAGUUGUGUUUACGUUGGACUUUGAACCAAAGAUAUUUAUGUAUGUAAUAUAAUGCACUCAUAAUCUCUCAUCUUGUAUCCUGAGAAAAUAUGAGUAGAUGUUAUGUGUUAAACACAGUUAACUUCUUUAUUGUCACCAUAAUAAAGCAACUCUAGCUACCAA